UUUUUAAGUAAAUGUAAACGGUUAUUUAUUUUAGGUAACACCUACGGACAAAAAAGAUGGAUUUAGUUCUUAACGCAGCAGACAACCACAUCUUAACACCGUAUGUGUAUCCUGUAUGGUGGAAAGAAGAUGACGUCACACGUCAGCUUAUUAGCCUUUUCGCCAUUGUUGUCAUCGGCGGUUAUGUUAUGUACCUAUCAUUGGCUACACUGAGUUAUUACUUUAUAUUUGACCACAAAUUGCUAAAACAUCCUAAAAUGUUAAAGGAUCAAGUAAAGCUGGAAAUUAUUUACACGUGCAAAUCUGUUCCAUUGAUGGCCAUUCCAACGGUUGCUCUAUUUCUGUUAGAAGUUCGGGGCUACAGUAAACUGUACGAUGAAGUGGACGACAAGUUUGGUUAUUUUGGUAUU